AUGGGGGACAUAGCCGAAGAUGAGACCACCUUCUACUCCAACGCUGAGGGCUACUGGAAGGACGUGGCCCCCACAGUGGACGGCAUGCUGGGAGGCUACGGCAGCAUCUCCAGCAUCGACAUUAACGGAUCCAAGGCCUUCCUCAAGAAAUUUCUCGGUCUGAUAGCUACCGUUUUCUGCCCCCUGCAGGACGGGGAGGGAAAGACGGGCACGGCCUUUGCUCUGGACUGCGGGGCGGGCAUCGGCCGGAUCACCAAGCGCCUGCUGCUGCCCCUGUUCACCACCGUGGACAUGGUGGACGUCACCAAGGAGUUCCUGGACAAGGCCCGGCCGUACCUGGGGGAGGAGGGCCAGCGCGUGGGCAACUACUUCUGCUGCGGCCUGCAGGACUUUUCCCCGGAGACCGGACGCUACGAUGUCAUCUGGAUCCAGUGGGUCAUCGGUGAGUCGGACUACAUCAUAAACAAUCUUUUAAACUGUUUAUAA